GAAAAAGACGCGAUAAAAGGUGCGAGAUCAAGGAUGCAGCUGCACUGUAGCGAAAGCUGAGGUGGAACGGUGAAAGAAAAGAUCACUUUAGAAGGGAGAAGAGAGAGAGAGAGAGAGCGGAGAGCCGAACCAGGAACCACAGCCUGUCUGUACGUUGGUGGUAACUGGUAACUUCCCUCGGCACAUGGCGAUCUCCGGCGAGGAGAGGUACGCGCCCGCCGGCGGCGACUCUGCCGGUGGGAAGCUCUGGAACCUCUGCCGCAUGCCCUUCCGGCAGGUGGGCGGAGCGCCGGCGCCGGCGCCGCCGUCGUCGUCCGGGAUCCACUACUCCUCCGGCCGGUACGGCCACGAGGCGCCCGUCGCCGGGGGCGGCGCGGGAGGAGGCGCGCAGGGGGCGUCGGCUGGGUCGAUCUCGUCCGUGGCCAAGUCGCUGCUGCCGGCGCGGCGCCGCCUGCGGCUCGAUCCGGCCAACAAGCUCUACUUCCCAUAUGAACCAGGAAAUCAGGUGAAAAGUGCAAUCGGGAUAAAGAAUACAAGCAAGUCUCAUGUAGCAUUUAAGUUUCAAACAACUGCACCCAAGAGUUGCUUCAUGCGCCCUCCUGGAGCCAUCCUUUCCCCUGGGGAGACUAUCAUAGCAACUGUUUUCAAGUUUGUGGAGCAGCCAGAGAAUAAUGAGAAUGUUCUACAGAAGUGCAAGGUAAAAUUCAAGAUUUUGAGCUUGAAGGUCCAGGGGCCAAUGGAAUAUGCACCAGAACUGUUUGAUGAGCAGAAGGAUCAAGCUGUAGUUGAGAAGAUCCUGAGGGUUGUUUUCUUGGCUACUGGUAGUCCAUGCCCUCAACUGGAAAAGCUCAAAAAUCAAUUAGCUGAAGCAGAAGCUGCACUUGAGGCACGGAAGAAACCUCCGGAAGAAAAUGGCCCAAAAAUUGUUGGUGAAGGGCUUGUCAUUGAUGAAUGGAAAGAGCGAAGGGAAAGAUACCUCGCGCAACAGCAGGUUGAAGUGGCCGAUUCUGUGUAAAUUGUACCUUCUGCUGCUUCGGAAUCUAUGCAUAUUGCUUAAGCAAGGGCUGUGACAUUCUUGUAAACUCUUUAGGUUUUGUGGUAGUGUAGUGUGUGGUAAUCUAGGCCUGUGGUUGCAGGAUCGAGAGUCCCCAAAGGACAAGCUAACCGCUGGUAUUUUCAGUACUUCCUGUGUAACUGUGUAUUAACAAAUGUGUUGUUGGGUGCUAGUGCUGGAAGAGUUUGUCGGAACA